UUUUGAACCUACAUCACAAUCGGCCGUCGGGACGAAAACCAUCGUUAACCUUGAAAGCUAGAACUAUACUGAAAGCUAGAACUAUACUGAAAGCUAGAACUAUAUUGAUUUAAUGGCCAAAUCGUCUCCGCCUUGACUAGUCCAGGCAAAGGAAGAAGAAGGCAUUGUUUAAAUUCAGGAAAAAACAAAGAUGUUCACUGUUAUUCAGUUUGAUGAAAAAUCUGGGGCAAAUUUGGCCGUUGUCAGCACUAAAUGGUUGACGCCACUCAAGAAAGAAGUUUUCUGGCCACCAUAUAAAAACGUAUCAAGUUUUAACAAAGCGUUAAAAAAACAUGAAGAUGUUAAUGAAAAUGAAUGGACAUUAUACAAUGUGCAACGAAUUUUUUAUGAAACAGACAACAUAGAAGUAGCGCAAAAAAAAGCAAAAGAGGCGGAAAAUACGAGUGAUUUAUAUACGGAUGUAGACUGUAAUACAAUAAGUAAAAGAAAACGGCAACCACCACGACGUCUCUAUGAUUCUGAUAAUUCAUCAACUGAGGAAAGCCAACCAAUUUCAAAUUUUGAACGUCCACCUCCUAUAAAAAGGAUUAAUUUUAAUAACCACUUUGCAAACAAUGAAGUUUCAGUGCCAACUACAUCAAAUGAAAAAGAUUCUUCUCAAUAUAUUAAUAUUAUACCAGACAUUUUAACACCAAGAACGUUGAAUAGUAAUGAAUUGGAUGAAGGAGCAAUUGGAAAUAAAAUGUUAAAUAUUCUAAUUACUAUUAAGGAACAAAAUAAUCAAAUAUUAGCUCAUAUAAGGAAUACUCAACAAGCAAGAAGUGUUGUCACUUUUACAUUACCAGAAAAUUUACCUCUUCAUCUACCAUUAAAAACAAGUGAAGAUGUCAAUCUGUUAGAAGAAUAUAUUAAUGACGAAACUAAUUGUUCUAAUUUGUGCUCAUUUCUGUCCAGUUUGGGAGGUCGAGACACUACAAACAAAACUAAUAAAAUCUUAAAGCAAUUGCUUACCGAUGAUUUAUGUAAAAAUUAUAGUUUUUAUGGAAAACGAUUGGGAAAAAAAUCUUUCUCCACCUUAUUGAUGAAAAAUAUGGUUAUAAACGCAGUUAAAGCUACUACACCAGGGGCUACCAAUCAAGCUAUUGAAGAUUCAAUUAAAGUCUGGUUGAAACACGCUCCUCAACGUAUAAAGAAGAAAUCUAAUUAAUUUAAAAUGUCUGUGAUGUUAUAUAGAAAAUCUUGCGUUGGAAAACGACAAUUAUAUCGAAGAAUUGCCAACGAAAAGGUAAAAUUGUUAAAAGAAUUAAUGGUGUCAAAUUCUCAGGAAUAUAAUGAAGUAAAAAAUGUUAAUGAAAAAGAACAGCAGUAUGAGAGACGUAAAGAAAUAAUAUUAGAUGAUGCUAUUGACAAUA